ACUGACGUAAUGCUUGGAGUCUGAGGUCCUGUCAAGCGAUAACAUUUCUGAUAAAGAACUGAGAUCACUGCAAACUAAUCCUCAUUUUCCAUCCAGACUCAGGCGUUUUAAAUAUUAUACACAGUCACCCUGAUUCCACGUGCACAGGCGAUAUUGGAAAUCGUGUAUCCCCUGUAACAAAACAAUUAUAAUAGCCUACCCCGAGAUCAACAAACAAACCACACAAAGACGGUUCAUGGCUUACGCCAAAGCUCCACCAUCUUUUAGACUGCAAAGACUAUUGCAAUUUAAUCAACAGAGAGAGAAGCGUUGUGAUGUGUGCUCCAGUGGAACCCAGGACUGCUCUGACCUGUGACCUCUGAAGACACAAGUGGAAGAAGAGAGACAACUUUUACAAACUUCAGAAAGACCCUGCCAACAACAACAAGACCAAAGAAAAGACAAUGGAAUAAAUGAAUCUCCAGCAUGGACGUGGAAUAAAGGAUACCUCAGUCAAGAAGCAGGGACCCUGGAUGUUGUUCUCACUCUGAUCAUCUUUCUCCCUGUGGAAUCUGUGCUGAUAAUGCGCUAACCCAAUGCUCAGCAGAGAUAUGGUGAGGAAAAAGAACCCCCCUUUGAGAAGCUUCGGCGGUGAGGAAGAAGGAGAAGGUGAGGCUCUGGCCGCGGAGGCCACCGGGCCGGAUAGCGAGGACAGUGCCGGGAGCCGGUCCUCAGAGCCCAACGGUGCCGACGGGCUGCUGUCGGCCGAACUAGGCCGGGCCCACGUGCCAGUCCCAGACGAGCAGGAGGACUCCUGUUCCUCCCCGGGCUCCGUCUCAGGCUCCAUCAAGCGGGACGGAGGAGGGAGGGGCGGUGGAGGAGUGGGAACAGCGGCGGCAGUCAACACCGACAGGCCUGUCUUUAAUUACCCCAGCCACAAGAAGGGAGGAAAUGUAGCGUCCUUCCCCUGCCAUGAGGUGACAGACUCAGAUCUGCCGGCGCUCCCAUCCUGGGCCGGGCCCGACGGGGCUGUGUCUCUGUCUCCGCGCAGAUCAGAACCAGAUGAUGGGGACGGGAGACAGGCACGCAGCCCGGCGGGGGAGCUGCUGCUGGGGAAUGCCAGGGAGAGAGGAGGGGGAGAAAGGGUGGGUGUCAGGGAGGGGUUGUUGCUGGGCGCCCGAGGGAGGGGCGUCAUCAUCCAGGGCUUCACCAGUAACGGGGAGGACAAGGACCACUCCUACAGCCCCACAGGGGGGAUCUCAGUCCACCAGGAUGGGGUGGAGGGCUCUGGAAACCCCUUGCUACGCCCCCUCCACCCACAUAGGGGGGCAGGCGAGGGGGCCGAGAACAUCACGCCCAGCCCCCUGGGGGCCUGCUCUCCCAAACUGCAGGACUUCAAGUGCAACAUCUGUGGGUACGGUUACUACGGGAACGACCCCACGGACCUGAUCAAGCACUAUCGGAAGUACCACCUGGGCCUGCACAACCGCACGCGGCAGGACGCAGAGCUGGACACUAAGAUACUGGCCCUGCACAACAUGGUGGGCUUCUCCCCACAGAGCCAACACGCCAAAGACACUACACGGCCCCCGUCUUACACCGCCCUGACCGGGGCACCACAGGACUCUACAGGGUCCCCACGCUUCUUACUUAACGGCACCUACGACGUGCAGGUGACGCUGGGAGAUACCUUCAUCGGCAUCGGGAGGAAGACUCCGGACUGUCAGGGAAACACCAAGUACUUCCGCUGCAAGUUCUGUAACUUCACCUACAUGGGAAGCUCCUCAGUGGAGCUGGAGCAACACUUCCUUUCUGCCCACCCCAACAAGAUGAAGUCCCAGCCCCCGCCGCUGCCGAACGACGACAAGCCCUCGGAAAGGAAGGGGAACUAUGUGACACGGGGUGGUGGCGUGGAGGGGGCGGAACCGGGAAAGUGGGAGGACCGGGUCGCGGUCCGUGCGGAGGACGACUCGGUGGCUGGCUACUCCGUCCCCAUCCACACCACAGACUCGCCGGGCAGGACGGGGUCCGACGGCGGGGCCACAGACUCCCCUGGCUGGACGGGGGCCGACGGCGGGGCCACAGACUCGCCUGGCUGGACGGGGGCCGACGGCGGCGCCACAGCGUUGGCCUAUUACUGGUGUAAGUACUGCAACUUCAGCUGUGAGUCGCCCAGCUCACAACGCCUCCUGGAGCAUUAUGAGAAAAGACACCGACAACCUGGAGGAGGAGGAGGGGGGACCAGGGAGGGCAGCCCAGCCAAGAGGGAGCGAUGGAGCAGCAAAUCCAGGGACGGAGAGAGAGACCCCCAUAGCCGGAGGAAAGACAAGACAGGAACGAGUGGCUCGAUGGGCGCAACGGACUCGGAGACGGUGGUGACCAGCUACAACUGCCAGUUCUGUGACUUCCGCUACUCCAUGAACCACGGGCCUGAGGUUAUUGUGGUGGCGCCUCUGCUCCGCCACUACCAGCAGGCCCACAGCAUCCACAAAUGCACCAUCAAGCACUGCCCGUUCUGCCCGCGCGGCCUCUGCAGCCCUGAGAAGCACCUGGGGGAGAUCUCCUACCCGUUUGCUUGCAGGAAGAGCGCAUGCUCCCACUGCGUCCUCCUUUUCCUCCAGCUAUCCCCCCAGGGUAGCUCCCCAACUCCCAGGCCCAGCGUCACCCACCUGUGUGACCAGUGUCCCUACGCUACCAGCGACAUCGACCUGCUUCUGCUGCACUACGACAGCGUCCAUGCCACCCACGGCGUGCUGGAGGUCAAGCCCGAGCAGGAGGGAGCUGAAAUGGGGAGGUACUCGGCCCCUAAGGGCCCUCACGGGGAGCACUCAUGCACCAAGUGCCAUUUCAUCACAGAUGUGGAGGAGGAGAUCUUCCGUCACUACAGAAGAGUCCACGGCUGUUGUCGGUGCCGACACUGCAGCUUCACCGCCUCCGACACCUUGUCACUGCUGGAUCACUUCAACACGGCCCACUGCAAAGAGACCUCCUCCUCCCAUCCCUCCGCUUCCUUCGUCACCAUCAACGGCUGCUCCGCCACAACACCCUCCACCCUCAGCAUCAAGGAGGAGAGCAAGGGCGACCUCAAGCUCUACAGUCUGGUUCCCCCAGAGAGCCGCGCCGCCGAGGCAGGGCCCAGGGCCGAAGGGGUGAAGAGCGAGGCCCUGGACGAGAAGGAGGCCCAGGGGUCCAAGGGCUGGAUGGAGGCCAGAGAGGCCCAGGUCCAAGCCCACGCAGCAGGCCUUGUGUGGGUGCCUAAGGAGCGGGCCGGGGACAUCCUGAGAUGUAGUCCGGCCCAGUUCCCCCAGGGCGCCCUGAGUCUACUCAACGCCGUGGCUGCCUCCCAGGAGCACCACCACCAGCAGCAGAAGGGGGGUUCGGUGGUGCUCAGGGACUCCCCAGGCCUGGUGUUCAGUCUGGGGGGGAUCGACACCAAGGCCUUCCUUCCAGGACAGACUCCCGGUGGGGCCGACAAACCUGGGCAUCUGACGCAGCAGUACUCCUCACCCACCGAUGGCAAGGCCAAGGAGGAGUCCCAGUCACUCUUACGGAGACGUCGAGGCUCGGGGGUGUUCUGUGCCAACUGUCUGACCACCAAGACCUCUCUGUGGAGGAAGAAUGCCAACGGGGGAUAUGUGUGCAACGCGUGUGGCCUCUAUCAGAAGCUCCACUCGACUCCCCGGCCGCUGAACAUCAUCAGGCAGAACAACGGCGAGCAGAUCAUCCGCCGGCGCACGAGGAAGCGCCUCAACCCCGACCCUCUGCCCUCCGAACCUGUGGGCUCCAAGCAGCGGAGGGUCAGCAGCGAGGAGCGCCUCAACCCCGACCCUCUGCCCUCCGAACCUGUGGGCUCCAAGCAGCGGAGGGUCAGCAGCGAGGAGCGCCUCAACCCCGACCCUCUGCCCUCCGAACCUGUGGGCUCCAAGCAGCGGAGGGUCAGCAGCGAGGAGCGCCUCAACCCCGACCCUCUGCCCUCCGAACCUGUGGGCUCCAAGCAGCGGAGGGUCAGCAGCGAGGAGCGCCUCAACCCCGACCCUCUGCCCUCCGAACCUGUGGGCUCCAAGCAGCAGAGGGUCAGCAGCGAGGAGCGCCUCAAUGGCAGUCCCCUGGAGCGCCGGCCAGGAGAGGAUGGGCCAGGCUCGGAAGGAGUGCCCGUCCCUCGUAAAGGGGAGCCCCAGAAUUCCCUGGGCCAGUACGAGGCCUACGGGUCCUCUGGGUUCAAGGGUCACCCCAGCCCCCUCUCCACCCACUCCUUCCUAGUUAGCCAAACCCUGGAGAUCCACAAGCGAAUGCCUCCUUUGCACAUACACAACAAGAACCCUGCAGAGGGAGGGGCGGAGGGGAACGGGGUGGGCUCGGCUGGGGUCCAUCACACGGGCUUGGAGGGGAAGGGUAGCUUGUCCUCAGAGAGGGGUAGCCCCAUCGAGAAGUACAUGCGUCCCUCCAAACAGGCCAGCUACUCGCCACCGGGCAGCCCCAUCGAGAAGUACCAGUACCCGUUCUUCAGCCUGCCCUUUAUCCACAAUGACCUGCAGAACGAGUCCGAUUGGAUGCGCUUCUGGACUAAGUACAAGAUGUCUGUUCCGGGCAACCCACAGUACCUAGGCCACAUGCCUGGUCUGCCCAACCCUUGCCAAAGCUUUGUGCCUUACCACACCUUUAGCUUGCCCCCACACUUCCCUCUCCCGCCCUCCGCCGGCCCCGAAAGCGACAUCCCUCUCGACCUGGCCAUCAAACAUUCCAAACCGGCACCCACCGCCAACGGCUCCACCGCCUCUGCCGUUACCGCCAAGGAGAGGAGUAGCGGCGCCGACAAACGGGCCUUGCCCACGGUCCCGGCGGGGAAGGAGGAUGAGAAGCAUAGAGAGCAGCAGGAGAGAAGAGAGGAGAAAGUAGACGAGGGGGCAUCCCCCCAGCCUUCUCCUCCCCCAGAUGUUGCAGCCAAGCAGGAGAGGUUGGACCAGGGCACUCAGGAUGAGCUGACCAGUAAGGAGAGGGUGGACCAGGGCACUCAGGAUGAGCUGACCAGUAAGGAGAGGGUGGACCAGGGCACUCAGGAUGAGCUGACCAGUAAGGAGAGGGUGGACCAGGGCACUCAGGAUGAGCUGACCAGUAAGGAGAGGGUGGACCAGGGCACUCAGGAUGAGCUGACCAGUAAGGAGAGGGUGGACCAGGGCACUCAGGAUGAGCUGACCAGUAAGGAGAGGGUGGACCAGGGCACUCAGGAUGAGCUGACCAGUAAGGAGAGGGUGGACCAGGGCACUCAGGAUGAGCUGACCAGUAAGUGCAUCCACUGUGGCAUCCUCUUCCUGGAUGAGGUUAUGUACGCCCUGCACAUGAGCUGCCAUGCUGACGGAGGACCCUUCCAGUGCAGCAUCUGCCUGCAUGCCUGCGCAGACAAGUACGACUUCACCACACACAUACAGAGAGGGCUUCACCUGCCAACUGUCGAGGCUGAGGCCGAUGCUGAGGCCGAUGCUCCAAAGGAUUCUGUGUGAUUUUGGUGCAUUACUGACUUGGACUUUUAGCACAGGCAUAGCAGUAUGAAAAAGAACAAAAUAAAUGGACAAAAGCGUACUGUAAUGAUUGAAUGAGAAGAAGACUUCUUGCUCAACGUGCCAUGAUAGCUUCUGUAGGGAACUCAUAUCAUCUAAACAUUUAUAUUGGACGUAAUACAGAACAAACGAUUGGCUGUUUCCUUUUUCUUUUUUUGUAAAGGAAAACGCUUUUGAAGAAAAUGGUACUACAAAUAGACGCUUAUUUUUAGUUUUUUUUUGCUGUUGUUUCUUUUUUUAUUGGGAAGUGUUACUUUGACAAGGCAGUUCAGCGAACAACAAGGUACAUCUGCACGGGUUGAAUGUUCUCUUACCUGGUUGGUUCAAUGUUCCAAAUGGAAUGAGGAAGUGUGAAUUGAUAUGUAAAAUGGGGAGCUGGGAAACAUCAGUCGUCUGUCAUAAUCUCCUUCACGAUGGAUGGGCAGAGCGAUGACUAGUGAUUGGAUCGUCCUCAAAUAAACGUCCUCAGGGAACGCCCGUGGCUGAGUCAAAAAACAUAUCCUACAGUGGUUUCAGUUUCAUCGGUCUCCACUUAACAUCCAACUAAGUGUCUAUGUUUUAAUGUAUUUUAGUUAUGGAUACUGUUUGUUUGUUUUUUUUUGGUGGGGGGGGAGUCUAUUGUCACAGAACUUCCUCUAGACAUUUUAAGCUGCUGCCUUAGUUGCUAGGAUACAAACAUUAUAUCACUAAAGACAUUUGGGAUGGAAGAAAAAUGCAAAAAGCAAUAUUUUUUUCUAAGUUGUUAAUAUGAAAAAUUCAUAAUAUCAGUGCCUGAUAUAUUGAACAAAGUAUUUUCUACCUGGUAUGUUGAUAUGCAACAUUGACUUUGCAUUUAGAAAAGGGCCACGAGCUUGGCUCUGCAAAACUGUUUACAUUUGCAAAUGUAGCAAACAAGGUAAUGAAGCAAAAUUCCUGCAAUUCAGAGUAUUUUUCUCUCAUGUGGACAGGACAGGACGAUCACGUAACAAAACAGAGGCCUUUUGUCAGAAGGUUGAAUGGGAGAUGAAAUACAGUCAAAUGAUAUUUUCUGUUUGUUUGAAUGGCACAGAGGCACUAUCCAUUCCAUGUCUUUCUUUGUAUGCUCCUGCUUGUACACUUUGAAAUGCUUUAUUGUCUGUACAGAUGCUCUGUAUUGGACUCUGUUCAUCCUGUAUGCUUUUUUUAAGAGAAGCUGAUAUACUGUAGCUUGGUUAUAAGUAUUGUUCUGUGAGCUUUAUAGCUUUGAGCAUCAUAGGUUUUACAAUCCAGGUAUUUCAACUGACCAUACCGUACACAAGGCCCCAUUUUUUUUGUGUGUCUAUUGCAUUUAUAUACUACUUUAAUAUUCGGCUUUUAGUCAUUUUGGGACUUGAUUUGAACAUAGCAUGACAUUCUACUUGUUCCAUGUACAGGUGAAAAAGGUGCCUUUUGAUAGAAAGAAGCCAUUGAAUAUCAACAAUGUUGAGUGUUUUGUUCAUCAAAUUAGAUGUAGUGCAACACCUCAACCUGGAUUAUGGCCUUGUGGUCAAAGCAUUUGACAUUAUGUAGAUAGAUUAAUACCAUUUGAGCGACAAAACAAAUGUUACCACACAGCAACAUUAUCCCUCUAUUUAGCUGGUUAGUACUUUGCUAGUAGACCACCUGUUUCGCCUCUAAAAGACUCCCAUUCAUGUGUUUUAUCUCUCUCUCUUUCUCUCUCUCUCUCUCUCUCUCUCUCUCUUUGUCUCUCUGUCUUGCUCUCUCUCUCUCUCUCUCUCUCUCUGUCUCUCUGUUUCUCUCUGUCUCUCUCUCUGUAUCUCUCUCUCUCUUUCUCUCUCUCUGUCUCUCCCUCUCUCUCUUUCUGUCUCGCUCUCUUUCUCUGUCUCUCUCUCUCUCUGUCUCUCUCUGUCUCUCCCUCUCUCUCUUUCUGUCUCGCUCUCUUUCUCUGUCUCUGUCUCUCUUUCAUUUGUGUGAGCACUUCUUCCUAUGAUUCCCAUUGCUGCUGAAAGGAAUCAAACAUGAGUUCAAUCUAAACUGUCCAUCCUCUGAUGUACAUAGUUAUUUAUACAUGAUCAGGGGAUAAUGUAAUUAGAGUCUGCCUGGGAUUCGGCAGGCGAGGAUUUGUGUGAAAUAGCGAUGAAAUCAACAUAGCCUUAAAAUGUUGCUACAAACGCCUCUCAGAAACAAAGAAACUGAAAUAAUAAUACUAAAAUCAUUUCACAGAAACAGUCAUGUGAUUUCAAAUAACAUAAGGAACCAUUUUUGUUUUAAAUUUGAAUUAGAAAAAUGUUAACGCUUGCACUUCAGUUAUUCUGUUUUAUUUCCAAGGAAGAAAGAUGAUUGUGUUAAAAUGUGUUAUUAGCAUGCUGUACACAGGGACUGCAAAAGUAGACGAAGACAAAGAAACAACAUGGACAGACAGGAUUAUCUGUGUGUUGAAGACGAAACAACAUGGACAGACAGGAUUAUCUGUGUGUUGAAUACGAAACAACAUGGACAGACAGGAUUAUCUGUGUGUUGAAUACGAAACAACAUGGACAGACAGGAUUAUCUGUGUGUUGAAUACGAAACAACAUGGACAGACAGGAUUAUCUGUGUGUUGAAUACGAAACAACAUGGACAGACAGGAUUAUCUGUAGGUUGAAGACGAAACAACAUGGACAGACAGGAUUAUCUGUGUGUUGAAGAAGCCAGUAAACUAGUGUGGACACGGACAUGGCAAAAAAAGCAAAUGUUUUGGUAAAUGUUUUAACCAUCAUUUUUUGAAAGUUGUUUCUUGUUUUUACACUUUAUUGCAUAGAAGUCGGGUUUAGAUUGUUUGUUUCUUUAUUUUGUUUUUUUCUGCUACCAUCUUUAUGUUUUGUGUUGUAGGGUUUUACAUGCAAAAAAAUGUAACAAAGAUGGCAAAAAUGUCUACAUCUAAACUUGAAUAAUAAUAAUGAUAAUAAUAAUUAAUAAAGUAAUAAAACAUG